AAGCAAUUAAAAGCUAAUUACUACGGAUUAAUUUUUUAUUCUUUAAAAUACCCGAAUCUUUUAUAAGUUCUAUCUGCAAGAAUUCAAACAAUCGGCUUCUUUUGCGAGAAAUUAAACCGACGGUGUGAAAAAUCUAGUGAUAUCGGUGUAGCCAUCGUUGACUUUGACUUUUCAAAAGUCACUAAAUUGUUGAUGUGUGUGUGUUGUGACUGUCGUGUUCUGUUGUUGUAUGUAUGCGUGUGAAGUGCCGAAGGCCGUUUUAAACAAGAUUCGCUCGAAAAAUGUAAAAUCCCUUGAUUUAGAAUGAUCUGUUAGGUUGCUACAACCCCGCCCCUUAUGAUGCCUAGAAAUAGAAGUAUACAUUAGAUUUCGUCUAGCCUUCGUAAUGCCUCAUGUCAUAAUAAACAAAUACUGAAACGUACGGUAGUAAAAUGGCUGGCCCCACAACAAUUAAUAAUAGAGGGCCAUGCUUUUGGUGCUUAAAAGCCAUAAAAUGGAUACCUGUUUUGUUCAUAGUCGUUAUUAUAGCAUGGUCCUAUUAUGCUUAUGUCGGCCAGCUAUGCUUAGACACUGUAAAGUCCACUGCUAAGCAAAUUGUUUACUUAAUAUUUUACCACAUGUUCUUCAUAAUGUUGUGUUGGUCGUAUUGGCAAACUAUCUUCACGGAAAUCGGACGAGUUCCUUUGAAGUAUAAAAUCGACGAUGCCGAUUUCCGAACCCUCACGAUCACAGAAUCGGCUGAAGCCCAGCGCCAGAUCCUGGAGAACAUUUCUAGACACCUCCCGAAUACUAACAUCAACAUCCAAGGCUUCCCGCGAUUCUGCGACAAAUGUAAAAUAAUCAAACCCGACCGGACUCACCACUGUUCAGUUUGCGGCGAGUGCGUCUUAAAAAUGGACCAUCACUGUCCCUGGAUCAACAAUUGUGUUUCGUUCACAAAUUAUAAGUUUUUCUUGUUGUUCUUAGGGUAUGCUCUUUGUUAUUGCAUCUAUGUUGCUUUAACAUCUCUUCCGUAUUUCAUUGAUUUUUGGAAAGGUAGUUUGGAAGGUCCAGGUAGAUUUCACAUUCUGUUUUUAUUUUUUGUUGCCAUUAUGUUUGGAGUGAGUCUUAUUUCGUUGUUUUGUUAUCACUGUUAUUUGGUUAGCGAGAAUAGAACCACUCUUGAAGCAUUUCGUCCGCCGAUUUUUAGGACCGGGCCUGAUAAGAGGGGCUUCAGUUUAGGUCGUUAUAACAAUUUCCAGGAGGUUUUCGGGGAUAAUCCGAAAACGUGGUUUAUUCCAGUAAAAACUAGUUUGGGCGAUGGCCAUACGUUCCCUCAAAGGCAUAUGGAGGAAGACAGGGAAGGACUUCUUAAUCAUAACUUAGAUGAAGAAGCCAACUAUUGCGCUUGAUAGUUUAAAGUGAAAUUUUUUAUAAUGUAACUUAGACUACUCACUACAAAUCGUGCUUGCAAUUCCUUUUGCGCAAAAGCACUUACAUUGUUCCUUUAUAAGUUCUUGUUUUUCAACUAAAUUAAUAUAUGGUAGUUAUAUAA